GUUUUCUCAAAAUCCUCCGUUCUCAUAUUCUGAGCAGCCUAGUUUCUGCACGUUCCAGCUCGCUCAACCCGCCCGCCAAACCUACUGUACAACCAACCAAACACUUUCGAACCAUGCCUCUGUCGCUGGUCAUGUUCUGCGCCUCGCAUGUGAGCGAUGAGGCGCGCCUGGACAUGAUGGAGCAGAUGCUCAACAGCUGGGCUGCCCAGUUCCUCCCUGUUGAGUUGUGGAUUUCAGUGAGCUGCGCCAACGACGCCCUCAAAGACAAGGUCAAGACGCUGCUCACCAACCGAGGACCCGGAUUGAAUGCAUUCAUCCGCCGCUCGCCGUACAAGCAGUUUGAGCACCUGCAGUGGCUCACCAGCAAGUACAUUGAGCGCUUCAGUGGGCGCUCGCACGCCGACGCAUGGGUCUGCUUCACCGACGACGACGACACGUUCGCCAUCCAUCGCACGUCUGUCUUUGGACAGCUCAUCAGAGCGCCAGAGAACGACCAGCACGCGGACGACGCAGUCCCGUUCGUCUGCAUCAAUGGACCGCCGCUCAACGCCCCGCUGCCAAGGUCACCCGAGCAGACCCUGCUAAUCAAGGCUCAGAAUGUUCACGGAAACAAGCUCGUCAAGCGGGGCAGUGGCCAAGAGUACUUUCAGUAUUGCGUUCGACUGUCGUUGUUGGAGUACUUUUUCAAGCACACGACAGAAGUGCUUUGGCAAUACCAGUUUGCCGAUCUGCUCUUCCAGCGAUUCCUACUGCGCGGCGUCCAUAUUGACAAGCCCGACAACUGGUGGCCACUCCAAGCUGACGAAGACGCUUCGUGCGAGUACGUGUACUGGGAUCGGCACGCGCUCGACCAAGCACGCAACCCAAAUCCGAACGACGAGGGCUGGAUCCCGCUCAUGGACUACUUGCGUCUCUCCAUGGCCAGCUCGGUCGACUUUAAUCGAGAGGACUACUGGCGCUGGCUGAAAGGCUCGUACAAGGUGACUUGGGCCGCUGGCAAAUUGUCGCGCGACAAUCUCAAACUGAAGGCGCAACUGGAGUUGCCCAUUGUGCAGGAGAUGAUUCGCCUGCCUUCGUAUGUUCACUGGCGUAUUCAGGAUCUCCAGGAGCGAGGGCAGCCCGAAAAAGCGCUUCGGCUUCAAAAGCAACUCGACGCGUUUGUUGCCAAGGCCAACAACACCCCCGUUGCUUUCCAGCAAGGCGAGCGAUAUGUGUAGAGCGAGUGAGCAAAUCGUUGGUGUGUUCAUUGGUGUAUUUCUGCUCUCUGUAUUGAGUACAGAGUGUUGAGCGGUGCUUUGAACAGACCAUUGAAGAGUUUCGAUGUCGCCCAUUUCCGAGUGUGUUUAGAUUCGAGUGAGCACGAUGUUCAAAGCAGUCUUUUU